UUGAUUGCGCCCACAUUAAAAAUUACCAAGCCUAGAGGUAUUAUUCAUACAGAGCAGUACCGGAAUAGAAAAGGUUAUUUUUCAUUAAAUGUGCAAGUAGUUGGCGGCCCUAAUUUGAUGAUAUAUGAUAUAGUAGUUCGUUGGGCUGGCAGCACACAUGAUAGCCGAAUCUUUAGAAACUCACGACUAAAUAUAAGGUUAUGCAAUAAUGAAAUUGAUGGGAUGUUACUUGCAGAUGGAGGAUAUCCUUGCACUAGACAUUUAUUGACUCCGGUUUCAAAUCCCAGAAUUGCACAAGAGGAAAGAUAUAACAAGAUGCAAAUAAAAUCAAGAAAUGCAGUGGAACUGCUCCACAACAUUGUAGUAGAAGUAAAUGACUUUUUUGAUGUUGAGAACACCGUGGACAGUAAUGUACAGCCUUAUUAUACAACAACAACAAGCACAACAGGUACCAGUGAUGGUUUGGUACUUCGAGCAAAUAUAAUUUCACGCUAUUAUAUGUCUUAA